AUGAUUAUUGAAUCAUCAAAGCCGAUACGUGUCAACGCAGACUGUCUAAGAGCAAUUGUCUCAUUUUUUGACCAUGAUGAUCCACUUACAAUUGUACGGUUUUCUCGAACUUGUCGAGCAGCUAAAAUGAUUGGUGAUCAAUUGUUUCCCAAAUUUAAGCAAAUGGAACUUCGAGUGAAUGCAACAGUGGACCUCGAUACUGGUGAAGUAACAUAUACGGCUGGGGUACCAAGUUGUAUGCUACCUGCAUACUGGACUCGAAACGAAUAUGAGAAACAAUUACUAAAAACAACAAAACUGGUCGUUUCAAAAAAUUUUUACAUCAAGAGACUGCUCUCGAAGUUACGUUAUGCGGAAAUUGUUGAUUCAGAUAUUGUUGUUCAAGGAGAGGAAUUUAAGCCUGGGUUAAUUUAUUUUGUUAUUAAAGAAAUGCAGAAAAUAUCGAAUAAAACGCCGCCAUUUUGUUGGGUCAAAUCUAACGCGUUUUUUCCAACAAUGAAGCUUUAUGAUUCGCCACCCGCCGAUGAUACCUGGUUUUCGUUCCGAUUUCAUGUUACUGAUCCGGAAAAUAUCAAUGACCUUAUUGAAGGUUGUACAGAAAAUCCUUUGGUAACAUUUGUUGUCGAUGCUGUUCCUUAUUCACCUUUAAAAAUGACUCUGAGGAACGAUGUUGUAGUCUACUUGGAACGAGAAGAUGACAAGGGUGAAACUGACUUAACAAUUAGUAAUGAUUAG